GGUUAAAUGUGAUUAGCUCAAACCUUAAUACAUCCAAAAAAUUAAAAAAAAUAAGAGCCCAAAUCCAUUGGACUUGAUUAUUCUCUUGUUCUGGUGGGCCCAUGAACUGUAGUCCAGCCCCACAAAAAUGAAGUAAUGCCAAUUUGCAAAUAAAGACUCUGAAUUCUCAAAUUCCCCAAUUAUUUUCCCUAUCUAGGGUUUAAAAAAAGGGUUUUUUUUUGGCUUUCUCAAUCCUCAGUCCUGACCCGUAUGUCUGUACUAAAACCCUAAUUUUUUGGCCUUCUUUUUUUUUUUUUUUAUUUCUUUCCAAGGAAACAACAAUGUCAUCCUUUUUCUCAACUCCACAACCUCAGCAACCUCAGCCAUUGUUUCAACCCCAACAACAGCAACAACCUUUCCAGCAAAGCAGCCCAUUUUUUCAACCACAACAACAGCAACAGCAACAGCAACAACAGUUACAAUUUCCACAACCACAGCAACAGCAGCAGCUACAACAACAACAACAACAGCAACCCCUUUUUCUUUUUACUAAUGACAAGACUCCUGCUAAUUACAGCACCAAAUGGGCUGAUCUGCACCCUGAUUCUCAAAAGAUUCUGCUUCAAAUUGAGGAAAGGAUAUUGGAGUACAGGGAUGAGAGCCAAAGGUUAGAUCAGUGUAGUCGCCUUUAUGAUUCUUCGGUUUCCAAUGAAGGGUUUGAGCUUGAUGCUAGCCACAUUGUUCAGGAACUUGGAGGAAUCAGUACUGCCAUGGAGCGGCAGAAAGCUUUGCUGCAGGAGUUGAUGGCUUCUGUGAAAGAUAUGUUAAGGAACACAGAGGUUGCUGUUCGAUCUUUCAUGAUGCUUCGUCCCCGGUUCUUUCAUUCAAACACAGGAGGCACUUCAAAUGCCACUGCACCAUCCCAGGCUCCAGGGGCAACAACAACACCAGGUUCUAGUGCUCAACCAACUGCUUCAUCCAUGUUACCAGUUUUUCAAUUUUACCAUGGGCUUCCAAAGAAGCCAUCGCCAUUUCUACAGCAUACAGUUGCUAGAUUUGAGAAGUAUUUGGCUGAGUGCCGCCAGUGGAUUGAAGAGUUGGAACAACUGCUCCUUUUGAAUUCUGAUGGAAACUCUAUCAAUCACGCAUCCUCAUUGUUGCAAUCUCUUCCGAAAGUCAUGUCCAAUGUGCACGACUUUUUUGUUCAUGUGGCUGCCAAGGUGGAGAACAUUCAUCAAUAUAUUGAAUCAAUGAAAACAGCCUAUCUUACUGAUCAGCGCCGCAGAGGAGAUGUUAAUGAUCCUUUUCUUGAGGCUGAUCGGAGAGAAACUGCCAAGCAGGAAGCUGCUGCUAAGAGGGUACAUCCAACCUUGCAUUUACCUGCAAAUUCUCAAACAUCAACUCAGGUUGCUGGGUUGUUUGCCAGCUCAGCAACUCCUGCAGCAGCCUCUGCCUCACAGACAUCUGCAGCAAUAUCAUCAGCUUCUUCCGGUGGUGGAUUGUCUCUUUUUAGUACACCAUCUUCUGCUCCUGCUUCUUCCAUGUCAUCUUCUCUAUUUUCAACUCCAACCACAGGUGCUUCCAUCCAAACAUCCCUUUUCAGUUCCUCGUCAGGAUCUCUCUUAGGAUCUGCAUCCACUCCCUCUCUGUUUUCUAGUACCACACCAGCUUUCGGCUCUACUGCAUCUGCUGGAGGUUUACUUUUUUCAACACCAUUUGCUUCUGGUGCUGCAAUAGGGUCUGGUGCUAGCUUCGGGGCUGCAUCUAAACCAUCUAGGCCGAAAUCUCGAACUCCCCGGCGUUAGUUGUGGUAGCUUGGAUGUGGAAUCCUGAAGCAACUUUCUGUCUACUCAAAUGAUCCUUUGCACAUAAAGGGGGCCACACAUUUCAUUUUUACAUUGUCUCUGCAUGAUAUUGUAUUAAGUGCAGUGUCUCUAGCUCUGGAGUUGAAGGAUCCGUGUAGGUUUGUUGAUGAUGAUAUCCGGGAAAACAAGAUGUUAGCUUUGUAAAACAUCCUAUUCCCAUUUUCUUCUUUUCACCAUUCAUACAGGUGUUGCAAGAUCCUUAUUACUGUAAUAGUGUAGAACACAUUAUAGAUUCUUGUGACUAGAUAUAAAAGGGCAAAUCACUUUUAGUUCUGGAUUUCUGAUUGUUACUUGGGCUUUCGUUUACAAUGCUUCUACGCAUGCUUAUGCUUUGUAUGUUGGAUUAUAGUUUUAAUCCCAUUUUUACGAGAUGUCACAACUAUGAAAGCUCCAGGCAGAACAAAGCUAUGAAUGUUGUGCCCCAUUUGACACAUUUCAACGAACGAUCUAAUGGCACUCUCCCCAUUAGCCAUUCUGGAAUAGCCCGUAUAAUCAUAUCAGUCCAGGGCAUAACAUUUUCUUUAAGAUCAUGCUAAAAACGAUCCGAGCAGAUUCAUUAUCACCAUUUUUGAAAUUCAUGGACACAACUGCGGUUCCUAUAAAAGCACAAUUGUCCUAUCCUGAUCUUGUAAUUUGACGAAGCAGGCAGGGGCAUCCCGUAAUCAGAUGCUAAAGAGUGCACGAGUUGCAGAAAUUACAGCAGCAUAAGUAUUCUUGGCGUCCAAAAGGGAGUUCGCUUCUGGAGCACAUGACACGAGGCUGUUGUGGAGG